GUGACUAACACAUUAGAUAAUUUCUUGUCAUUGGACGAAGAUAGCAACAAUAAAUGUUACCUAGAUAACUUCGGGCAAAGAGCCGAGGAUGAACGCCAGAUGGCAAGGUGCCGAAUAGGCCACAAACAGCAGUUUUGGAUCCCGCAACCUCCUACUUAGCAGCACAAAACCAUAGCCGCACGGGUGCACUUGAAGUGUUCUGCUAUUGUGUACACACUUGUUCAAAUUUUCUCAAUAAAGAAGCACGCACAAAUGUGGUGUUUCUACGUCUGAUCCACCCAGAAGGGUGCAAUUUUCCUUAUUGUGCAUGGCUGCAUAAUAAAGUUAUAAAAAAGCUAUAUUUGUCAAAAAAAAAAAAAUUCAGGUGGCAUGUGCCAGAACCGUGAAACAGUGACAAAGUAUAUUCUAAAAUAUAUGUGAUUUUAUAUUUGCAGUAUAAUUGCAGCGAUUAUACUUUUUGCUGUUAUUACCGGAACGCUUGUUGACCACUUCGUGGAAGAACAAUCUGAGUGGAGAAAAGGGCUUGGUGUCCUGUUUCAAGUCGUCGUGGCCUUCUCGGCGAAAUCCAACACGCGCAUGUUGCUUAAUGUGGACGACAAAGAUCAAGUUGACCAGCAGUCUCUGCAAUUCUUCCACGGCCUUCGACUUUUCUGCAAUAUGCACGUUGUGCUCGGACACGCCUUCAUGAUUACUUCGGACAACUUUUCAGGAAUGCUGAACAUGUUCACUGCCACAUCAGAGUGGCGAGCAAUGUUCAUAGCCACAGCAUUCAACACCAUUGACACAUUCUUGUUUAUGAGCGGAUUUUUGCUAUGCUAUACUCUAAAGAAGUACGACAGAAGCAGGCCUGCCGUGUUCAUCAUUGCCAUUCUUAAAAGGCUCAUCAGGAUUUGCGUCCCACUUUUCUUCACUAUGAUGUGGUUCUACCUGCUGCCUGGUUUCGUCACCGGACCGGACACCGAGGCGUUUUUUCAGAAAUUUUAUGCCGAGAUGGCAGAACACUGGUGGCAUUUCAUUGUCCACAUAAAAAAUUUAUUCGAACUGACCGUUCAUGACAAAUUAAUCCAUACGUGGUUCUUAUCGGUGGACUUCCAACUCUUCCUGGUCUCGCUUGUGACAUUGCUGAUUUUCAGAGGACGGAAGCAUGCGGCUCUGGCAGCUUUAGCCAUGCUUUCUCUCCUAAGCUGUGCCAUCGCAACAUGGACCGUGGCCAGACUGAAUCUGUCACCAUUCGUUAUUUUUCCCUCCCCGAAUUUCUCGCGAAUGAUGAGCACGGUUAAUGCAUACUACGUCCGACCUUUUUAUCACGCUGUAUGCUACUUUAGUGGCUGUAUGACGUGUCUCAUCGUAGCUGACUUCGCGGAACGCAAGAUUUCCAAGACUCUUCAGCAGGCUGGCUGGUGUGCAUCUGUUUGUUGUGGGCUCUUCUGCGUUUAUGUGAAGUUUAUCUGGUACUCGAGCGACAAUCCCACGUCGGAAGGCACGGAUCUGUUUCUGGCAUUCUUCGACAGGAUACUGUGGUCUUUCUUUCUCGCCUGGACCAUAUUAAUGUGUGCUACGGGCCGAGGAGGAACUCUGAACAAGUUCUUGUGCUGGAAAGCAUUUGUCCCAUUGAGCAGGCUUUCAUACGGCGUGUACCUCAUCCAUUGGCUGUUUCUCGAACUCAUGCUGCACUCAUCCAGAGAACGAGUCUACUGGUCGGCAUUUAAUCAGUUGACGCUCUCCUUUGCCGUACUCGUCUGGUGUUUCCUGCUGUCAUUCGUGGUCUUCAUCGCAUGCGAGGCGCCGACCGGAGCGCUCGAGAAGCUGCUUUUCAGGAGGUGGAUUGAAGAUGGCGGUGCCCGGAAGCAAGAACAUCAAGAGUAGCUCGGAGGUGGUGACGUGAAAAAAAAAAAAAAAAAAGAACAGUGCUUGAUCAACGCUAUAAAAUUUCGCUAUGCUAGCCAACCAGCGGCCACUGGCCUUGACAUACAAAGUGCACCGGUACUUGCAAGAAGACCAACGGUACUUCCAAGAAGUACGUGUCACCAAAUUCUUGGAAUAUGAAUAGAAAUAAAGGCUAACAAGACAAAUCGUUGCCUUUUGUAAAUUUACUAUUCCC